AUUCAAAGUGGGACUUUAACACCAGAAAAAGGAUGAACUUGUUGCAGUUGCUGUAGCAUUCUAAGUCCAGGUGAUCAUUUCAAACCAAGCAUCAACAACAAUUAAAAAACAUUCACGUGGUAUCUGUAGUCUAAUCAUGGACCAACAUCAACAUUUGAAUAAGACAUCAGAGUCAGAAUCUUCAGAGAAAAAGAAAACAAGACGCUGCAAUGGAUUCAAGAUGUUCUUGGCAGCCCUUUCCUUCAGCUAUAUUGCUAAAACACUAGGUGGAAUCAUUAUGAAAAUUUCCAUUACUCAAAUAGAAAGGAGAUUUGAAAUAUCGUCUUCUCUUGCUGGUUUAAUUGAUGGAAGCUUUGAAAUUGGAAAUUUGCUUGUGAUUGUAUUUGUAAGUUACUUCGGAUCUAAACUACACAGACCAAAGUUAAUUGGAAUUGGUUGUUUCCUUAUGGGAACUGGAAGUAUUCUGACAGCUUUACCACAUUUCUUCAUGGGAUAUUACAGGUAUUCUAAAGAAACCCAUAUUAAUCUGUCAGAAAAUUCAACAUCAAGUUUAUCAACCUGUUUAAUUAAUCAAACCUUAUUACUCAAUAGAACAUCAUCUGAGAGAGUAGAAAAAGAUUGUGUGAAGGAAUCUGGGUCACACAUGUGGAUGUAUGUCUUCACGGGUAAUAUGCUUCGCGGUAUAGGGGAAACCCCUAUAGUACCUUUGGGGAUUUCUUACAUUGAUGAUUUUGCAAAAGAAGGACAUUCUUCCUUGUAUGUAGGUAUUUUGAAUGCAAUAGGAAUGAUUGGUCCAAUCAUUGGCUUUACAAUGGGAUCUCUGUUUGCUAAAAUGUAUGUGGAUAUUGGAUAUGUAGAUCUGAGCACUAUCAGAAUAACUCCUAAGGAUUCCCGUUGGGUUGGAGCUUGGUGGCUUGGUUUCCUUGUGUCUGGACUAUUUUCCAUUACUUCUUCCAUACCAUUUUUUUUCUUGCCCCAAAAUCCAACUAAACCACAAAAAAGAAAAGUUUCACUAUCUUUGCAUGUGAUGAAAACAAAUGAUGAAACAAAUCAAACAGCUAGUUUGACCAACCAAGGAAAAAAUGUGACAGGUUUUCUUCAGUCUUUGAAAAGCAUCCUUACCAAUCCCCUGUAUGUUAUAUUUGUGCUUUUGACAUUGUUACACGUAAGUGGCGUUAUUGGUGCUUUUGCUUACCUCAUUAAAUAUAUGGAGCAGCAGUAUGGCCAGUCUGCGUCUCAGGCUAACUUUGUGUUGGGAAUCAUAACUAUUCCUACGAUUGCAGUUGGAAUGUUCUUAGCAGGAUAUAUCAUUAAAAAAUUCAAAUUGCCUUUAGUUGGAAUUGCCAAAUGUUCAUUUCUUACUUCGAUAAUAUCCUUCUUAUUUCAUGUUUUAUAUUUCCCUCUAAUCUGUGACAGCAAAUCAGUUGCCGGCCUAACCUUGACCUAUGAUGGAAAUAAUUCAGUGGCAUCUCAUAUAGAUGUCCCACUUUCUUAUUGCAACUCAGAGUGCGAUUGUGAUGAAAGUCAAUGGGAACCAGUCUGUGGGAACAAUGGAAUAACUUACCUGUCACCUUGUCUAGCAGGAUGCAAAUCCUCAAGUGGUAAUAAAAAGCCCAUAGUAUUUUAUAACUGUAGUUGUGUGGAAGUAACUGGUCUCCAGAACAGAAAUUACUCAGCACACUUGGGUGAAUGCCCAAGAGAUGAUGCUUGUACAAGGAAAUUUUACGUCUAUGUUGUAAUUCAAGUCUUAUACGCUUUGUUCUCUGCAACUGAAGUUACCUCAUCUGUCUUGCUGAUUGUGAAGAUUGUUCAACCUGAACUGAAAGCACUUGCAGUGGGUUUCCAUUCAAUGGUUAUACGAACACUAGGAGGAAUUCUAGCUCCAAUAUAUUUUGGAGCUCUGAUUGAUAGAACAUGUAUGAAGUGGUCCACCAACAGCUGUGGAGCACGAGGGGCUUGUAGGAUAUAUAAUUCCACAUUUUUUGGAAGGGUCUACUUGGGCAUAUCUUUAGCUUUAAGAGCCCCAGCACUUGUUUUAUAUAUUGUAUUCAUUUUUUUAAUCAACAAAACAUUUCAAGAAAAAGAUACCAAGUCUUUGGAUAAUGAAAGAAAACUAAUGGAUGAAGCAAACUUAGAAUUCUUAAGUAACAGUGAACAUUUUGUACCUUCUGCUGGAGCAGACAGUAAAACAUGUAAUUUGUACAUGAAAGACAAUGCUGUUGCUGACUAACAUUGUACUGAUUCGUUAAGAUGUUAUUUUGAAGAGUUCUUGGUAUUUUCACUGAGAAUUUCAACAUUCUUUACUUACAGUGGAACAAUGAAUAAGCUUAUGAAUUUAUAAUAAAACAAACUAUAAAAAAUGGGAGUACCCAUGGUUAGGAUAUCACUAUAUAUUUAUGGUUAAUAUUAGGAUAUAUGAUCCAUAAAAAUUUAAAGUGAGAGGCAUGGUUAGUAUGUAAUAGAAUAAAAAAUAAUUGCUUGGUAGUUGUAACUGCUAAUAAAACCGGUGACUAGAAUAUAAGUAGAGGUAAAAAGGAGAAGGUAGAUUAAUAGCCUAAAUGAAGAGAAAAGCCUGAUACCUUAAAACACACACACACACACACACACACACACACACACAUACACAGAGAGAGAGAGAGAGAGAGAGAGAGAGAGAAACACUAUAGAUGUAUUACUUAGGCCUAAAUCUGGAUUUAUGCUAUAAUGUUAUAUAUUUCAUAUUAAGUUGUAUAUUUUCAGAAAUUACAAAUAUUUAUUUAUAAUUUGAAAUUGUGUUUGACUAACAAACUCAAUGCGUCUUCUUCCAUCUUCCACUAAGAUCCUGCAGAAAAAAUAGAAAUAUUCAAAUAAUUGUGAUGUAUAAUUAUGAGACAACAUAUUAUAGUAUGUGUUAAGUUUCAACUGGACUCAUGGAAAUGGGAUUAAGAGAAACUGACUUUAACUUGAGAAAGCAAAACCCAUUGAUAAGGUGCAUCUUUGUUGCAUCUGUCUUUACUCUGGGAGAAGCAAAAUCUGUGUUAUUCUCUUGCAUACUUGUUUGUUUAUUCAUUGUGCCCAAAAGGUGUCUCCCACAUCUCUGCAAACUGUACAAGAAAUAGAGAAAACAAGAUCCAAUA